GGUAGGUGUGUUACAUUUCCUGUUCCACUGGCCACGUCCUUAAAUCUAUGAAAAACACAGAAAAACAAACUACAGAAAAGAACAUUGCCGGGGGAUUGUACAGACCAUUAUUAAUCUACAACUAUAAAGUAAAUGAACUAUGCACAUUCAUUAACAGCCAAUAGAUUUCUGGAUAACCAGGGUACACUCAUAAUGGACCCAUCUGGACUUACAUUGUACUUCACGGUACAUCCCAAGGAUAAUGAACAGUUUCAAGACGUGAUGAAAUAAGCAGAAGAAAGGAAAGAAAGAACAGAUGGAGAUGGCUUAUUUAAUCACUGCCUUUAUCAAAACCUGUUGUACGGGAUGAGACUGAAGUGCUCCUCCUUGAUCAUGAAGCAUCCAGUGUGAGAAGAGACUCCAUUCAGUGGACAACCAAAGAAAAAGAAAGUGGAAAGCAGCUUGUGAAAUUCUCUGGAAGAUGCUUGUGAUCAAAAGCUCCAUAAAACAAAGAGACAGAAGGACAGAAUUAAUGGCCAGAAGAGAAGCAGGGUGAGUACGGAGCGGCUGCGGGCCCAGUCCCGUGUUGCAGCUAAGAGCAGGAGGGAGAGAGAGAGCCGUUUGUUUGGGGAGCUGGCAGCAUGGCUACCUCUGCCCUCUGGUCUGACUGGCCACAUAGACAAGGCUUCUAUCGUCAGACUCACACUGGAGUACCUGCGUCUGAGAGCGCUGCUAGACCAUCGAGACAAUGUCACACCAGAGACCAGGGUCUGCUCUGACACAGUCCACUUCACCAUGCACGGCCGAUACCCAAUGGCUGGGAUUUUCUCUGUGGAGACAGUGCUGGAGUCUGCUGUUGGGGGUUUCAUGCUCUUGUUGUCUCAGAACGGCCAGGUUAUCUUCACUACAAGGGACAUAAGGACACACACUGGCAUCAACCAGAUGGAUCUGAUUGGUAGGAGUCUGUUUGACUUCAUGCACCACUGUGACCAGAGGGAAGUCAGAGAUAUCCUCUCAAAAAUGAUAGCUACUGAGAGACAACAGCAGUGUGACUUCCUCCUUCGUGUGAAGAGCACUCUGACCUCUCAGGGUCGAGCUGUCAAACAAAGACACACAUGUUGGAAGGUGAUUCACUGCGUUGGGAUUAAGAAACAAUCUCACCUUCCAGAGUCAGCCUGUCUUGUCCUAUUGUGCCGACCCUUACCCAUCUCACAAUGCAUCAUCAGGGAUGCCAGCUUGAAUCACAAGACCUUCCUGAGCGGACAUCGCCCGGACAUGAGGUUCACCUACUGCCAUUCAGGUGUCAAGGAGCUGACUGGAUAUACAGAAACAGAACUUCUGGGCCAGUCUGUGUAUCAGUAUUACCACACAUCUGACUGCCAGCACAUUCACAAAGCACACCAGAGCUUGCUCUCUAAGGGACAGGCUACCAUAGGCAGGUACCGUCUGCUGCUGAAAGGUGGUGGUUAUGUGUGGGCAGAGACAGAUGCAUCGGUGGUGUACAACAACCAGACUGGGCAGCCCCAAAGUGUUGUCUGCAUCAACUACAUUCUAAGUGAGGUGGAGCUAUCAGAGAUAGUGUUCUCACUGCAGCAAACAGAACCGCUACUGAGGCCCUGUUACUCUGAACUUGAGGUGGGGCCCACCCUGCAGAAUGAGGCCUAUCCUGCAGCAGAGACAGCUGUUCAUCUACGCAACACAAAAAUACCAACUCCAGAACACAACAAUGAGAUCCAAACCUAUGAGGGAUAUGCAGAGCUCAACCUAGAGGAUCAAAUGAACAUGAACUCACUCUCUGAACUAUGUGAGCUGGACCUGGACUCAUUGGCUCCAUACAUACCCAUGGAUGGAGAAGACUUCCUCCUCACUCCAGUUUUAGAUGGGAUCUUGGCCAUGAUAGAAGGUCCUGUUCUUCCACUUGGUUUGGAGGGCCAUUGUUCCGUGGGGAAGUUCCCUAUAUCUGCUGGUUCUUUCACCACACAUCAAAUAAAAACCUUGCAGAUAGAGCCCCCUUGUGACUCAAGGGGGUCACAUACAGUCAAAGAGUCAGAGUUCGGGGACCAUAUGAAGUUAGUCUAUAGAGGAGGCAGUGCUGUAUUCAAGGAGGGCCCUGACCAUGCCGGAUUGGAGGGCCUUGUCCCGAACGAACAGUGGAGUGAGAAACACACGUCCUGUAGACAUCCACAGGCACUCAUGGCUGCUGCUGCUAGGCUGCCUUACCGGACCGUAGAAUAUUUCCCCAUUCACCCACAAGAUGGAUCCACUUGCUUGUGUGGAUCACCAUCAAGGCAAGUGUUGUGGAAAUACACACAGCAGCCCAAAAUCCCAAGCACUGGCCUUCAGCCACCUACCAAUCAUAUAGACGAGAUGUCAACAUGCCAUGUUCCUUUCAGCCUGCCAGUACUGAGCAGGCUGGACUGUGAGGUCACUCUGGGGCCAACCAGCUGUCUGCUUCAGGGGUCAGAGAUCACCUCCAUCCUGGACCAGGCCCCCUCCAGAUUCUUACACAUGACAACAUGGGGCAUAAAUCAGCUCUCCACCCAAUAUGCCCAUCCUUGUUACGCACCCAGAUCAGCUAUUGAAGUCAGCUCUGGCACAUCGACAUCGUAUGCUGACUGGAUAACAUGAACUUGAUUCUCCCACGAAUUGUGCCAAUCUCUCCUGAACUAGGCCUAUAUUGUGACUUUUACUGGCAAUUUAACUAACAAACGUGGAUGCAUAACCUAGUUAUUAAAUACAGCACUUUAUUACAAUGAUCAAUAUUAAAA